AAAAAGCUUGGUCUAGAAAUUAACCUUAUUUUCAAUUGUCGUACUAAUUGAAGAUUGUUCAAGCUGCUUUCACAAGAAACUAUUGAUAGCAUGGCAGAUGAUGCCAAGCGCCGGACUUAUUCGGCUAACUCUGGAGGAUACCCUCACACAAAACAAGACCAAUAUGCACAAUACUUGAGGAAACUACACCAAGACUUUAUAGAAUCUUGGAACGACAAGGCCGAAACCAAUGCCAAAUUGGAGGACUUUGAAAUUCACAAGGUUUUGGGUACAGGUGCGUUCGGGGUUGUAUUUUUAGUAAAGCACCAAAUCAGCUCAAAAUAUUAUGCCAUGAAAAUGCUAGAAAAAGAAAAAAUUGUGAAACUGAAGCAGAUAGAGCAUAGCUACUAUGAAAAGAAAAUUCUAUGCGGUCUGAAUUUCCCAUUCGUGGUUUACAUGAAAUACUUUUUCAAAGAUAACGUUUAUCUGUAUUAUGUUUUGCCAUUUAUUGCCGGCGGUGAAAUGUUUUCUCAUCUCCGAAAAAUGGGGAAGUUUGAAGAAACCUCUUCAAAAUUUUACGGCGCUCAAGUUAUAUUAGCUUUGGAGUAUCUCCAUGCCUGCGAACUGGUAUACCGAGAUCUGAAGCCGGAGAAUAUUCUCAUAGAUAGAACUGGCUAUAUUAAAAUAACCGAUUUUGGUUUCUGUAAGCUGAUACGUGGUAGAACUUGGACUCUCUGCGGUACUCCAGAGUAUUUAGCACCAGAGAUUAUUCUAAGUAAAGGUUAUGGAAUGUCAGUAGAUUGGUGGUCCUUGGGGAUUCUGCUAUUUGAAAUGAGUGCAGGUCACCCACCGUUUUAUGCCUCUGACCCGAUGAGGAUUUAUGAAAAAAUUGUAUCAGGAAAGUAUCGAUGUCCGUCGCAUUUUUCACCGGAAUUGAAAGAUUUGAUAAACCAUGUUCUUCAAGUUGAUAUAACACGCCGUUACGGGAACUUGAAAGAUGGCGUCUUAGAUUUCAAAAACCAUAAGUGGUUUAGAGAGAUUGACUGGGACAGCCUUCUGAACAGUCGGGUACAUCCACCAUUUAUUCCAAAAAUUCGCUCCCCUGGUGACUCUACAAACUUCGAUGUUUUUGAUGAAGAAAAGAUAAAAGAAAGCCCGGUAUGCUUGUUUGAGGAUGAAUUUGCAGACUUUUAAAAGAAACAUAAGCUGACAAAGUGUUUUGCCAU